AUGGCGACCGCUGCAGAAAGGGAGAAGGAGCUGCAGUACGCUCUCGGAGAGUGCGCUUUGAGUAGAUCCUGGAUUUUCACCUUGGGGGGGUGUUUAAUCUCCAUCCCUAUAGGUAUCAAGCGCAAGUCCCUGGGUCCGCUGGUGUUCUACGGUACCACAGGAGCCAUGGUGGAUAUCAUUCAGGGCAUCAGCCUCUGUGAGAAGGAGCGAGAAGAGCUCAAGGCGUUUAUGGAGGAGAAGAAGGCGGCUAAGCAAGGGGGAGCGGAUGGGGCUGGCAGCGUUAGAGAGUCAAGGGUAGGGGAGAGAAGUGGAAUUCCGCAAGACAUCGCGCAGACGUUGAGUGACGAUGGAAGGUCAAGGUAG